AUGUCAACGAUGAAUUCUGAUAAAGAACUCGCCGAUAUCGGAGCUAGCAGUUCCGACAACACCAAUUACUUCUACAGCUCGGAGAGAAGAGAGCACAUGUUCGACAAAGUGUUGACACCAAGUGACGUCGGUAAACUAAACCGGCUCGUGAUUCCAAAGCAACAUGCAGAGAACUACUUCCCUUUAGAGGGCAAUCAAAACGGCACAGUGUUGGAUUUCCAAGACAGAAACGGCAAGAUGUGGAGGUUUCGUUACUCGUAUUGGAACAGUAGCCAAAGCUACGUGAUGACCAAAGGAUGGAGCCGUUUCGUCAAAGAGAAGAAACUCUUCGCCGGAGACACCGUCUCUUUCCACCGUGGCUUCAUCCCCGACGAUAACGCACCACCGGAAAGACGCCGGAAAAUAAUGUUCAUUGAUUGGAGGCAUAGAGCCGAGAUAAACCUCGUACACAACUUUAACCAGCAUAACUUCAUUUUCGGGUCUCCGACAUAUCCAACGGCUAGGUUUUAUCCGGUCACGCCGGAAUAUUCCAUGCCAAGCCACCGGAGUUUUCCACCGUUUUAUCAUAACCAAUUUCAAGAACGGGAAUAUUUAGGGUAUGGUUAUGGUAGAAUUGUGAACGGUAAUGGAGCGCGUUACUACGCAGGAUCACCGUUGGAUCAUCAUCAGUGGAAUCUUGGUAGAUCUGAGCCGUUGGUUUAUGACUCGGUUCCUGUUUUUCCAGCGGGGAGGGUACUUCCAUCGGCGCCUCCUCAGCCGUCGACGACGAAGAAGCUGAGGCUGUUUGGGGUUGACGUGGAAGAGUCUACAUCUUCAGGGGAGACACGUGGCGAAAUGGGAGUUCCAGGGUACUCUUCGUCGUCUCCGGUUGUGAUCAGAGACGAUGAUCAAUCGUUUUGGAAGUCGCCACGUGGCGAAAUGGGUGCAUCGUCUUCUUCGGCUAUGCAGCUAAGUGAUGAUGAAGAAUGUAAGAGGAAAGGGAAAUCUUUAGAGUUUUGAAGAUAGAACAAAAUAAGAACUAAGUAGUAAU